GCAAUACAGGCGAAACGCUCGGCACCAGCAUCCGGACAAGGGUGGGAGCCAUGACCAGUUUACACAGCUACAAGCCGCCAAAGACUACAUGGAGGUUCGGCAGUCCAGAGACAGCGGCGCGGAUGAUGCGAGGAGAGGCUUGGAGCAGCCUAAGCAA